AUGCGAGAGAAGGAGGCGGGCGUGNUGGCGCUUGCCGAGCCCUGGCGGGUACCAGAAUCCCCGGUGUGGGCGGGUGACGAAGACGGCGUGGCCGCCCUUACUUGGGCUCACAGGCCGGGGUGCCCCGUGGUCCGAGGUGUGGUAGACCGAGGCCACGGGUUCGUGGCGGUGAAGUGGGGGAGAAUCGCAGUGUACAGCUGCUACAUCUCCCCCAACUGUUCCCGGGCCGGCUUCGACCGGUUCCUGGACUCGCUGAGGUCCAGCGUGGCGCGGGUCGGGGGAGUUUNUGUGCUCGUGGUCGGCGAUUUCAACGCCAAGUCGUCGGCAUGGGGCUCCCCCCNAACGGAUCGGCGCGGACGCGUGCUCGAGCGGUGGGCGGCGGGCCUGGGCCUCCGGGUCGUGAAUGAGGGCGCGGCGCCGACNUGCGUCCGUCCUCAGGGGUCCUCCAUUGUGGAUCUCACACUGGGGUCCGCAGCGGUGGCUCCUAUGGUGCGGGGGUGGUCGGUGUUGCGACAGGAGUCGUUGUCCGACCACCGCUACGUCACCUUUGAGGUGUCCGAGCACGCGGGGUCCGCGCCGGAGGUACGCCGGUCCACAUUCCCGAGGUGGAAGAUCCGGGAGUGGGAUUUGGACCGGUUUGACGCCGCGCUCCUGGGGGCGACGUGGGGCGUCCCCACUGAGAGGGAUGUGUGCGCUGAGGAGGAGGCGGCAUGGCUCACCGGCGUAGUAACGGACGCCUGCGACGCCUCCAUGACGCGGGUCCGGGGGACCGUAGUAAAGAAGUCCACGUACUGGUGGACCGAGGACAUCGCGGUCCUCCGGCG